AUGCUUGCAGCGGCUACGCAAGCAGCAUCAUCUUUCUUCAAAGUAUCUGCGAUAUCGCAGAACUACAUCUAUGCCUCAAACAAUACACCAGCAAUUCCAUCAUUUUCUUCAACCUCUGUGACACGUACCGGCUCGCCUGCGCCACCACAGAGCAACUCCCCGCCAUUUACCUCAGGAUUAUGGCGCGUUCAGGAGGCAGUACACAAGACGAACGGGAAGCGCGUCAGCGUGUGGUCAUUCGAUAAGAAGAACAGCUCUCUUGAUCGGCUAACUGCUAAUGCAAGGGACCGUGUUCUAGAGGUAUUGAAGGCGGAGGCUACUGCUUUAACGAGGAUGCGUCAUCCCUGUGUGUUAGAGGUGGUUGAACCACUCGAAGAGACAAGAUCGGAAAUGGUUUUUGCUACUGAGCCGAUCAUCGGCUCAUUAGCGAUGUCAAUACCUGGUUCUGCCAUUGCUUCGCGCGAUUCCGAACCAUUAGACGAGAUAGAGAUACAAAAGGGUGUGUUACAACUGACCAAGGGACUGGCCUUUCUACAUACUUCUGCACGUCUCGGCGACUGGAAGAUAUCGGGUCUCGGUCUCAUAAUACCCCUCCUUGGGCUAGACGGUAGUCCCACAAAAUGGGAAUUUCUAUCGUAUGACGUCCGCAUCCCCCCUUCCUCCCAACGAUCCUUUGACUACAUGGCUCCCGAAUAUGCACUACAAGAGCAAAUAGUCACAUCGAGCGACAUGUAUUCCCUUGGGUGUGUAAUAUAUGCUGUUCAUGCAAAGGGCGUCCCACCCUUUCGGAAUCACAACAGUCUAAGCUCCAUGCGUAGCAAUCAAGGGCGCCUUGAGGGAGGUGGGGGACUCCCGGGCAUGGAAUCGUGGGAUGUUGAUCUCCGCAACCUAAUCUCAUCGCUUGUCACUCCAUCACCUAUGGCCCGUUUAUCUACCGAGACGAUUGCUUUGCAUGCUUGGUUCUCAGGUGUGGCAGUCUCGACGCUGAAUUUCUUGGACCCAGCAACAUUCGCUCCAAAGCCGAGGGAAGAAAAAAUCGCUUUUAUGAAGGGUUUGCAGACGGUCUUGCCCCGAUUCAGUGAGGGGAUGCGAAAACGGAAGAUUCUUCCUAGUAUCCUUGCUGAGAUGAAAGACCCUCUUCUUCUUCCUUCCAUCCUCCCUAAUGUCUUUAACAUCUCCACCGCACUAGACGCAAACCAAUUCCAGGAGAUUGUUUUGCCAUCCUUGAAGCCCCUGUUCACAGUUAAAGACCCACCUCAAAACAUGAUAGUUCUUUUGGAGAACCUUUCGGAAUUACAGAGGAAGACUGCCAAAAACGUCUUUCGAGCAGAUGUUCUCCCAUUGGUAUACUACGCUCUGGAAUCUGAACAUCCGCAGGUGCAGGAGCGCGCGCUGCAGUGCGUCCCUGAUCUGUGCGAGACGAUUGACUUCGCGGAAGUCCAGAGCGUGUUGUUCACUAGAGUGGCCUAUGUCUUCACAAAAACGAAGAUAUUAAGCGUUAAAGUGAGCUCGUUACAGAGUUUCUUAGCCCUUGUGAAAACGUUGGACCAGGCAAGUCUGACGCAGAAGCUAGUGCCACUGUUGGCCAAGAUACGGACAAAAGGUCUCGCCACACUUGCCGUUCAUGAGGAAAUGGGGAAGAAGAUUGAUCGGGAAGCAGUUGCAUUGCAAUUGUUGCCACAGUUAUGGCAGAUGUCAGUUGGGCCUCUGCUCAAUGUUGAACAAUUUGGUCGUUUCAUGAGUGUAAUUCGCAAUUUGAGCGAGAGAGUGGAACAUGAACAUUUGCAGCAUUUACGCGAUUCUCAGCGAAUCGAGGAUCGUAGUGCGGUCCCCGUCAACGGAGUGACGUCCUCGAUUGCGGCCUCCGGCCCUGUCGAUUUCGAAACUCUUAUCAGCAGUGGAGCAAAGACGGGUGCUUCCAGGACUUCCCAGUCACUUCCGCCUAAGGGGGAGAAUGGGGAUAGCUGGGAAGAUGAUGUUUGGGGGAGUAUGUUGAAUUCAGACUUAGGAGCAAGAUCUUUUGGCGCAUCAUCCUUGACCUCGUCACCACUCUCAAAUACGUCAACAUUAACUUCAUUUCCUUUUCCUACCCCUCCCUCGACUACAUCAACAUCGUCCCUGUCGGCUCAACAGCCGCCACUUGCUCACGCCGCUCUUCCGCCACCCCUGGCACCCCGGCCUCCUUUGUCUAAUCCGAUGCAACCCAGUACUGUCUCAUCGAAACCAAACUAUAAUAUCGCGCUGGAACCGGCUCAAUCGAUAACCUCUUUCUCGCAGCCCCCAAAUUUACCACAAAGCUCGUUCUUUGCGUCGCCCCUACAACCUAUACAGCCCAUGCAACCCAACUACAUGUCUUCGCCUGCCCCCCUACCUGCUUCAAAACCAACAUCAUCUCCUACGACGUCCAUGACACCAUUAGUACCAACUCGGGUCACAAAUACACAACAAGCAAAGUCAAGUCCUGAUUGGAGUGGGUUUGAUCCGCUGUCAUAA